UGCCACCUGUCAGUGCUUAUCAAUGCCACGUGCCAGUGCCCAUCAGUGCCACGUGCCAGUGCCCAUCAGUGCCACAUCACAGUGCACAUCAAUGCCACAUAUCUGUGCCCAUCUGAGCUGCCUUUCAAUGUCACCCAUCAGUGCCACCUAUCAAUGCCAAUCAGUGCCACCUAUCAGUGCUGCCAAUCAGUGCCACCUAUCAGUGCCAGUCAGAGUCACCUAUCAGUGUGCAUCAGUGCCAGUCAGUACCGCCUAUCAGUGCCAGUCAAUGCCGCCUAUCAGUUCCAGUCAGUGCUGCCUAUCAGAACCAGUCAGUGCUGCCUAUCAGUGCUGCCUAUCAGUG